UCAUUGCAGUCUGGGAGGGUGGGCCCGGCCUAGACGCGAGAGGGGACUGAGCUCUGCCUCUCAGAGCGCUGGGGCAGUUGUAAGUUCAAGUCCAUCUCAGUCUCAGUUCCUCCUCAGCCUUCGGCCUAAGCCCCUGGCUCUCGGGCCUUCGUUUCACAGAAACUGCUUUCUUUUCCUAAGCUGUCCUUCACCUUCCCUCCCUCCCCUUAAUUCUGCCUCCAGCCUGUCUGUUUCUGCUUCUUUUCUAAAGCCUUUUUAGAAUGGUCCUACUGAAACUUUCUGUACUGGUUCCCUAUGCCAGGAGACCCCCUCUGGGGCCUGAGAAUCAGAAUGUAAUGGAACAACAGGAUUAGAAGGACUAAGGCACAAGGUGGCCUCAUUCCCUCUGCCAUGGGUCUUGGGUCUCUCAACUAGAGAGCAAGAGGCGUCUGGCCUCUUAAGACUAAUGAACUAAUCUGGGUGCGUUUGGGGGCCCAGAGCUGCAUUCCCUCCGCCAAAGUUUCACAGCCACUGGGCUGAAAUAUGUAGGGAGAAUCUUGUGACCUUGAAGAGAAAGAUCACGAAAAAUGCCUGACUCUAAUGAGUGUUCUGAGUAUGGGUCAAGGAAGAGAUGGACUUGCUGUGAAAAGGGGUGGAGAUUCAGAGGAAUCUUGGAAUAAUAACGAAGGGUCAUCCAGGAACACUGGAGGGGGACGGGGCACUGAACUGAGUGGAUUCCAAUUGAGUGGAACUGGACUGGUGACAGGGGAAAGAAGGCUGGCAAGAUCGAUAUGACAGGGGAGGCAAUGAUAGAUCGCUGGUGGAGGUGAGGGGGUCCCACCUGAGGGGCUGCUGUCUCAGGAUAUAGGAUGGAGCUUAAAAAACCGGUCUUAGGAGGCUCCUACGGAAUCGGCCGAAGAUCGGAGGUGGGAUCGCCCCAGGUCACACCACCAGCUGGGAGGUGCGGGGCCCAGAUGGGCCAGGGACGAGCCAGGAGCGCGCUGGAUGGCAGCAGCAGGCUCCUUUAAGAGGCCGGCGGCUCCAGCGCAGCAUCCCCCGCUCAGGGCGUGUCCGUCCCGGGGGGCCCGGGGCGGGGGCCUUGGAAGGAGCGGGAGUUCAAGCCGCGUGGGGACGGGGCUUGGGGUCGGGGGGUGGGGGGAGAAAGCUGGGACUGACACCCGUGCACCCGGACACCGCACGAGCAUCGCCUGUGACAGCGCCCCUGGUCCGGUCGAGGGCAGCAGGGGGAGGAGGGAAGGAGGAGGAGAAGGAGGAGGAGGCGGGAGCAGCAUCCGGAGCCGAGCUGCAGCAGCGCCGCCUUUUGUGCUGCGGCCGUGGAGCCCCCGAGAUUCCUGCCACCCCCGUCGGUUGUGAUUCAGAGGCUCUGGUGCAGGAGGUUAAGGAAGGAACCUGCUAUGAGAAACGGGACUGUUGUCCUCAGGAAUCCUUACAUCUCAGGACUGCUGACUAGAUGUGGAGGGAAAUCGGCGGCCAGGUGACUUCUGGUGUCAAGUUCUGGACAAGACUGGCGGCCCACCGCUCAACACCCCUCGGGGCCCUGAGGCCAUGGCUUGCCUCCAUGAGACCCGCACACCCUCCCCUUCCUUUGGGGGUUUCGUGUCCACGCUAAGCGAGGCAUCCAUGCGUAAGCUGGACCCAGACACUUCUGACUGCACCCCCGAGAAGGACCUGACUCCUACCCAGUGUGUACUUCGAGAUGUAGUGCCGUUGGGGGGACAGGGUGGGGGCGGGCCCAGCCCCUCCCCAGGUGGAGAGCCGCCCCCUGAGCCUUUUGCCAACAGUGUCCUGCAGCUCCAUGAGCAGGAUGCAGGGGGCCCAGGGGGAGCUGCUGGGUCCCCUGAGAGUCGGGCGUCCAGAGUUCGAGCGGAUGAGGUGCGGCUACAGUGCCAGAGUGGCAGUGGCUUCCUGGAAGGCCUCUUCGGCUGCCUGCGCCCCGUCUGGACCAUGAUUGGCAAAGCCUACUCCACAGAGCACAAGCAGCAGCAGGAAGACCUUUGGGAGGUCCCCUUUGAGGAAAUCCUGGACCUGCAGUGGGUGGGCUCAGGGGCCCAGGGCGCCGUCUUCCUGGGGCGCUUCCAUGGGGAGGAGGUGGCUGUGAAGAAGGUACGGGACCUGAAGGAGACAGACAUCAAGCACCUGCGAAAGCUGAAGCACCCCAACAUCAUCACCUUCAAGGGUGUGUGCACCCAGGCUCCCUGCUACUGCAUCCUUAUGGAGUUCUGCGCCCAGGGCCAGCUGUAUGAGGUGCUGCGGGCUGGCCGCCCUGUCACCCCCUCCUUGCUGGUUGACUGGUCCAUGGGCAUCGCUGGUGGCAUGAACUACCUGCACCUGCACAAGAUUAUCCAUAGAGACCUCAAGUCCCCCAACAUGCUAAUCACGUACGACGAUGUGGUGAAGAUCUCCGAUUUUGGCACUUCCAAGGAGCUGAGUGACAAGAGUACCAAGAUGUCCUUUGCAGGAACAGUAGCCUGGAUGGCCCCUGAAGUGAUCCGCAACGAGCCUGUGUCUGAGAAGGUGGACAUCUGGUCCUUCGGCGUAGUCCUGUGGGAACUGCUGACUGGCGAGAUCCCCUACAAAGAUGUAGAUUCCUCCGCCAUCAUCUGGGGUGUGGGAAGCAACAGUCUUCAUCUGCCUGUGCCCUCCAGCUGCCCCGAUGGCUUCAAAAUCCUGCUUCGCCAGUGCUGGAAUAGCAAGCCACGAAAUCGCCCAUCAUUCCGACAGAUCCUGCUACAUCUGGACAUUGCCUCAGCCGAUGUCCUCUCCACACCCCAAGAGACUUACUUUAAGUCUCAGGCAGAGUGGCGUGAAGAGGUCAAGCUGCACUUUGAAAAAAUUAAGUCCGAAGGGACCUGUCUACACCGCCUAGAAGAGGAGCUGGUGAUGCGGAGGAGGGAGGAGCUCAGACACGCCUUGGACAUCAGGGAACACUAUGAGCGGAAGCUGGAGAGAGCCAACAACCUGUACAUGGAACUUAACGCCCUGAUGUUGCAGCUGGAGCUGAAGGAACGGGAGCUGCUCAGGAGGGAGCAAGCUUUGGAGCGGAGGUGCCCUGGUCUGCUGAAGUCGCACCCUUCCCGAGGUCUCCUGCAUGGGAACACAAUGGAGAAGCUCAUCAAGAAGAGGAACGUCCCGCAGAAGCUGUCACCCCACAGCAAAAGGCCAGACAUCCUCAAGACUGAGUCUUUGCUACCCAAACUAGAUGCAGCCCUGAGUGGGGUGGGGCUUCCUGGGUGUGCUAAGGGCCCACCUUCACCAGGACGGAGUCGCCGUGGCAAGACUCGUCACCGCAAGGCCAGCGCCAAGGGCAGCUGUGGGGACCUGCCUGGUCUUCGUGCAGCUGUGCCACCCCAUGAACCUGGGGGAUCAGGAAGCCCAGGGGAGCUAGGAGGGGGACUCUCAGCCUGGGAAGCCUGCCCUCCAGCCCUCCGUGGGCUCCACCAUGACCUCUUGCUUCGAAAGAUGUCUUCAUCGUCCCCAGAUCUGCUGUCAGCAGCACUAGGAGCCCGCGGCCGGGGGGCAACAGGGGGAGCUAGGGAUCCUGGCUCACCACCUCCAGCCCGGGGUGACACCCCCCCAAGUGAGGGCUCGGCCCCCGGCUCCACCAGCCCGGAUUCACCAGGGGGAGCCAAAGGGGAGCCACCUCCACCAGUAGGGCCUGGUGACGAUGUGGGGCUGCUGGGACCUGGAAGGGAAGGGACAGCAGGACGGGGAGGAAGCCGGGCUGGGUCCCAGCACUUGACCCCAGCUGCACUGCUGUACAGGGCUGCUGUCACCCGAAGUCAGAAACGUGGCAUCUCAUCAGAGGAAGAGGAAGGAGAGGUGGACAGUGAAGUAGAGCUGACAUCAAGCCAGAGGUGGCCUCAAGGCCUGAACAUGCGCCAGUCACUAUCUACCUUCAGCUCAGAGAAUCCAUCCGAUGGGGAGGAAGGCACAGCUAGUGAGCCUUCCCCCAGUGGCACACCUGAAGUUGGCAGUACCAACACUGACGAGCGGCCAGAUGAGCGGUCUGAUGACAUGUGCUCCCAGGGCUCAGAAAUCCCACUGGACCCUCCUGCUUCAGAGGUGGUCACGGGCCCUGAACCCAGCUCCUUGCCCACCCCACACCAUGACCUACUCAGAGGGGAGCAGGGCCCUCCAAAUCCUGAGGACUCAGACUGUGACAGCACUGAACUGGACAACACCAACAGUGGUGAAGCCUUGCGGCCCCCAGCCUCCCUCCCUCCAUGAAAGCCACUCUUACCCCUGUACAUAGAGAAAUAUUUAUAUAAAUAAUAUAUAUGCGCCACAUAAUCAACAAAGACAGGGCUGUCCCAGCCUUAAGUAGGGCUCAAGGGAGACCGACCCCUGACCAAGUCACCUGAUAAAACUCUAGGGAUACUGGCAGCUGUGGAAAUGAAGGACAAGUACAGCCCUAGAGACAUGGGUACAGGCAAGCUGGCCCCCCUGCUUCACCCCAGUAUGCUCAGCAAGUGGUGAGGCACAAAUAGAACAGGCUUCCCUGUGUUCCUCUAUACUCUUUCUGCUCAAACCCUGAGGAGCAGGAAAGGGAGCCACUUAGACUGCACUUUUGUUUUCCGUUUACUCUGUUUACAUAUUUUGCACUUGGGAGGAGGGAGGCUAAGGCUGGGUCCUCCCCUCUGAGGUUUCUCAGGUGGCAAUGUAAUUUCUUUGUCCCUCCAUUUCUCUGCCCAAGCCCUGGCUUAGGGCCUAGGGGGAGGCUAGGAGAUUGUGAAAAGCAUGUGAUGGCUCAGGCUGAAGAACUGGGGUGUUGUUUUAAGUCCCUGCUUUUAUCUUGGUGCCUGAUUGGGGUGGGGACUGUCAUAUUGUAACCCCUGUGAAAAAACCUUGAAAUAUAACCACUCCAUGCAGGCCCA